GGUGGCCCUGAACAACCCCAACACAACAACAACACCACUCGCUGUUCUGCUUACUUGAAGACAUCUGUUAUUUACCUCCAAUAACACCACUAUAAUAACAGUUUAAAAUAUUAUUAGUGAACUACUAAUGCAUUAAGCCAUCGGGACGCCAUAGAAAUUUCACUUGUUUUGUCAAGAUUCAGUAUCAGGAAGUUUGUGUCAGUAUUAGAGAUACAACUUUUCUAGUGACAAGAACAGUGUACAACAACUUAUGCAGUUGAUACUGUAAGAAGUGUUACAGUAUUACAGUGAUAACAGUGCUACAUCUCAUGUAUUGACUUAAGCUUUCAAUAUAACAAACUGUUGACAGUCAUUCUUCUCAUUCAGAUUUUAUGUACAGCAUCACCUCUGAUGUAGCAAGAUAUUUUUCUUAUAAAUUAUUAAACCUGCAGUGGAAUGAUUAUGAAGUGUGACAAAAUUAAUAUUUUCAGUUUGAGUAUUGCAAAUGUUAACUGUAUAAGUUAUGUCAAAGUUACUAUUUAUGUGACUUGUGCAAUAGUAAUAUAAUUACCCUGUGUCAGAUAAAUAAUUUUCAAUCUCUUAUUCCUCUACCUCACUUUAUUCAUCUGCCUCACUCACUUUAUUCAACUACCUCACUUUCUUGAUUCAUCUACCUCACUCACUUUAUUCAUCUACCUCACUUACUUUAUUCAUCUACCUCACUUACUUUAUUCAGCUACCUCACUUACUUUAUUCAGCUACCUCACUUACUUUAUUCAGCUACCUCACUUACUUUAUUCAGCUACCUCACUUACUUUAUUCAUCUACCUCACUUACUUUAUUCAUCUACCUCACUUACUUUAUUCAGCUACCUCACUUACUUUAUUCAGCUACCUCACUUACUUUAUUCAUCUACCUCACUUACUUUAUUCAGCUACCUCACUUACUUUAUUCAGCUACCUCACUUACUUUAUUCAACUACCUCACUUACUUUAUUCAUCUACCUCACUCACUUUAUUCAUCUACCUCACUCACUUUAUUCAUCUACCUCACUUUAUUCCUCUGUUCUCUCUCACUGUCAGAUCCCUAUAUUAACUUAGUGCUGCCAGACGUUAUUAUUACAAUCAUAACAAAGCGCUAAACCCACAAGGCUCAUACAGUGCUUCCAGAUAUAUCCUGAAUUAAUAUGAUUUUAUCAACCUAAUUUUUCCCCCACUUAAAAAAACAUUGAACAGUACUGUGUUUGACACUUGUUAAAGUUCCAGUUUUUUAUGAAUAAUUAUAUUUAUUGAGCUACCACAUCAUUAAUCAAAUUAAUUAAUGUAAUAUACGAAGACCCGAUAUUGUUGAUGACAACUUGAUUCAUUCCUACGUUCAGCACUCGUUGAUAUACAAAAUUUAAACCAAAAUGACUUGUUCGUGUGCUUGUUAUGUAAUAUUCUGUGUGCAUGUUAUAAGGUAUGUUUUAAGUAAGUUUAUAUGAUGUAAGAUGAUUGUGACACCAGUGAUUGUUACAAAGGUUGUAUCAAUAAUCAGAAUGUAUUGGAAGUCCCAAGACUGUAGUAAUAACUUGAGGGUGUUGGAGGCAUGUAGACUACAGUAGACAGUAUUUUAGUUUUUGCACUGCCUCGCCAGGGUUUAAGCUUAACCCAUUCCCUCAGUUAUAUCAGUAUACAUUGUUUUAAAACUGAAGGGAAAACUUUUUUAAACAACCUUGUAUACAGUAUUAAAGAUCAUGCUGAGAUCUUCAACAAGAAUUUAGAUCCCUCUUACCAUUCCUCAAACACCUCUUCCAUUCCAGGGCAAUAUAUAACCCAUAGAGGUUUAGUGCUUGCCCAUGCUUAUAAGAAUGUAGAAUUAGAGAAUUACUGGUUUUCAUUGUAAACAGACAUUGACAAAAAUCUAUUUUUCUUAGGCACUUUUUUAAUUAAUUCAUUUAGAAAAUUAUUGGAUCAGCAUAUUCAGUAUGUCUAAAAUGCUGGAGAUCAAAUGUGACCAAGCAACACAAAUUAUAGUUCAUUCGGAAAAUAAUCUAUAUGAAUACUCGGAACAUAUAGAAGAAUUAUCACAAAAAUCUCAGCAUGUAUCACAUUUGAGAAUUAAUAAAUGCAAAAAGACACUUCAGUGUUCAGUGUGUCUAAGAGAUUUUUUAAAAAAAUCUAGUUUAAUCUCACACAUGAGAAUUCAUACUAAAGAGAAACCAUAUCAGUGUUUGGUGUGUCAAAAAAACUUUAACCAGAAGCCUCAUUUAAUAAGACACAUGAGAAUUCAUAAGAAAGAGAAACCAUAUGAAUGUUUAAAGUGUCUAAAAGGCUUUUCCAAAAAAUUUAAUUUAGUAAAUCAUAUGAGAAUUCAUACUGGAGAGAAACCAUAUCAUUGUUCACUAUGUCUAAAAGACUUUAACCAAAAAUCUAAUUUAAUAAAUCAUAUGAGAAUGCAUUCUGGAGAGAAACUAUAUCAGUGCUCAGAGUGUCGAAAAAGCUUUUCCCAAAAACGCCAUUUAAUAAAUCACAUGCGAAUUCAUUUUGUAAAGAAAUCAUAUGAAUGUUCAGUGUGUCUAAAAGGCUUUUCUGGAAAAAAGAGUUUAAUAAUACACAUGAGAAUUCAUAGUGGAGAGAAGCCAUAUCGAUGUUCAGAGUGUCAGAAAGAUUUUUCCCAAAAACCUCAUUUAAGAAAUCACAUGAGAAUUCAUACUGGAGAGAAACCACAUCAGUGUUCAGUGUGUCUGAAAAAUUUUUCAGAUAAGUCUAAUUUGAAAAGACACAUGAGAAUUCAUACUGGAGAGAAACUGUAUCAAUGUUCAAGGUGUCUGAAAGACUUUUCUCAGAAAUGUCGUUUAAUAGAUCACAUGAUAGUUCAUCCUUGAAUGAAGGAAACCCGAUCACACUCUCUUAAAAACUUGUAACAAAAAUAAAAUUCAAGUCGCAUAAGAACUGAAAGAUUUCUCAAAGUAAUCUAAUUUACUAUAUGUUAGAAGUUGUACAGGAGAGAAAUCUUGGCAGCAUGCAGUGUGAUUAGAAGAUAUUGCUGCGUGUGAUUUAAUAAGAUGCAUCAGCAUUACCCGAGGAAAGAUGUAUCAGUCUUCCAGGAACUGUAUGUGAAAAAUCAUUCACAAAAAAGCACAUCUUUUCACAGUGUCAUAAAAAUUUAUGAAAAAUACAUGUACAGUGGACCCCCGCAUAACGAUUACCUCCAAAUGCGACCAAUUAUGUAAGUGUAUUUAUGUAAGUGCAUUUGUACGUGUAUGUUUGGGGGUCUGAAAGGAAUAAUCUACUUCACAAUAUUCCUUAUGGGAAUAAAUUCGGUCAGUACUGGCACCUGAACAUACUUAUGGAGUGAAAAAAUAUCGUUAACCGGGGGUCCACUGUAUAGUGUAAAGUUUUAUGAUAGUAAUGUAGGAUGGCAGGAUCAGUCUCCACUGUGUAAAGUUCAUGUAGGAUGGCAGGAUCAGUCUCCACUGUGUAAAGGUCAUGUAGGAUGGCAGGAUCAGUCUCCACUGUGUAAAGUUCAUGUAGGAUGGCAGGAUCAGUCUCCACUGUGUAAAGGUCA